GUCAUAUUAGAAUGACAGACAAUUACAAAAAAUUGUUGUAUUUUUGUUCGCAAAGAUAAAAUUUUAAUCGAUAGGUAAUAAUUGAUUGUGAUUUUUGCUCAUAGAAAUAGCUGUAAAUUUGUAGUGAAUUGUUGAAAUUUAGACUUAAUCAAGCCACAAAAUGAGGCUCACAUUGUGUACAAUAUUUUUGAUUGCUACUCUUCAUGGGUCUUUUGCACCUCCGGUAACCCAAGAUAAAGCAAAGGAUGAUAGUGAAAUCAAAGAUGACUUGGAUGAUUAUAUGGAGUAUCAUCGUUACCUUAAAGAAGUUGUCCAAGCCCUCGAAAGUGAUCCAGACUUUCGUGAAAGACUCGAAAAAGCUGAUGAAGAGGAUGUCAGGACUGGCAAAAUUGCGGAGCAUCUUGACUUUGUCAAUCAUAAUGUUAGGACCAAACUAGACGAAAUCAAACGGAGGGAAUUGGAUCGACUACGUCAUUUAGCUACGAAGCAAUUUGAAAUCACUAACAACCUUGAACACGAAGGAAAAGUACCGACAAGUGAUCAUUUAGAUCAUCACAAUCCACAUACAUUUGAAAUUGAGGAUCUGAAGAAACUUAUAAAGAAAACAACUGAGGACUUGGAAGCUGCUGAUAAACAGAGAAAGGAACAAUUUAAGGAAUAUGAAAUGCAAAAGGAAUUUGAGAAACAUCAGAAAUUGGAAGGUAUGGAUGAAACACAAAAGAAAGAAUAUAUGGAUAAAAUAAAGACUGAAGAAGAGGCUAAGAAACAACACAAACCGAUCCACCAUCCGGGAUCCAAACAGCAAUUAGAGGAAGUAUGGGAGAAACAAGACCAUAUGGACCAACAAUUUGACCCUAAAGCAUUCUUCAUGAUGCACGAUGUUGACGGUAAUGGCGUGUGGGACGCGGACGAGGUAAAAGCAUUAUUUAUCAAGGAGUUAGACAAAUUGUAUGGACCUGGAGGUCCUAACAAGGAUUUGCAUGAGAGAGCCGAGGAAAUGGAAAGGAUGAGGGAACACGUGUUCAAAGAAAAUGACAAGAACCACGAUGGUUUGAUUGACUUCCACGAAUUUAUGACUGAGACCCAACGGGCUGAGUUUAACCAAGAUGACGGAUGGAAAUCCAUUGAUGAGAAUCAAAUUUAUACACAACAAGAGUAUACUGAGUAUGAACGCAGGCGUUUGGAGGAGUUACAGUAUCUUCAGCAACGUGGCCUGGUGGACGCCCACGGUCGUCCAGUUCCGGGUGCAGAACACCAAUUACAUCAAUACCAACAGCAGGUGUAUCAACAGCAGCAACAGGCGUAUCAUCAACAACAACAAGCUUAUCAACAAAAUCAACAUUACCAGGGUAACCAACAUUAUCCAGGACAGAUGCCACCUCAGGGUUAUAUGCCGCCUCAAGGACAGCUGCCGCCUCAGGGUUAUAUGCCACCUCAAGGACAGAUGCCAGCCCAAGGUCAUAUGCCACCUCAGGGUAAUAUGCCGCCUCAAGGACAGAUGCCCCCUCAAGGACAGAUGCCCCCUCAAGGACAGAUGCCCCCUCAAGGACAGAUGCCCCCUCAAGGACAGAUGCCCCCUCAGGGACAGAUGCCCCCUCAGGGACAGUUGCCGCCUCAGGGACAGAUACCACCUCAGAGACAGAUGCCACCACAGGGUAACAUGCCUCCUCAGGGACAGAUGCCACCUCAGGGACAGAUGCCAAAUCAAGGACAGGCGCCACCUCAAGGACAGAUGCCUAAUCAGGGACAGAUGCCACCCCAAGGACAGGUGCCACCCCAGGGACAAAUGCCUCCACAAGGACAAAUAUCCCCCCAAGGACAAAUGACACAAGGACAAGCGCCACCUCAAGGACAGAUUCCGCAGGGGCAGAUACCCCAAGCUCAAAUGACUCAAGGGCAAUCCCCACCUCAAGGACAAGCCCAAGUUCCACAAGGUCAAGGUCUUAAUCAAGUCCCAUCUGGAAACCACUAGAAGUAUAUUUUUUUAAAUGAUUGAUUGAAUUCCCUUGGGGAACCAUCAUUUUUACAGUUAACCUCUAGAUAGAAAUGAAAAUCAAGUAUCACAAAUUAAAGAUUAAUAUUCAAUACAUUAGAAUGUAUUUCAAUAUUCAUUCAGUUUUCGAAAUUAAUGAUUUUUAUAUUUUUUUAUUAAAAAGCAAACAAUACACAUUGUUUAUAUUUAACUUGACUUUGACAAUGUACCAAGUUUUACAUAAACAAUAGAUUCAUUGUUACGCCGACUAACCACACUGUCAGGUGCCAAAAGAUUACAACUGUAAUCUAUGGAUAUAUUUUAUAGGUACUAUUUAAGGCAUUAGAUGGCGCUUAUAUUAGUUUUUUGAAAAAUAUGAUUUUUUGAGUAAUAACAUUACUGCGUCAUCUUAACAUCAUGAAUUUUCACGUUCAACACUUUAUAACGUUAAAAGAAUUCGCAAUAUAGGCUGUAUGUCAUUGAAAAUGUUUCCAUGUUUUAUAAUAAAGUUGUUGAAAUUUAUUUUAUGUACAUUUAGUAUAGUAAACAAUGUUCCGAAGUGCCAAAUAAGCACUCGAAAUUGUGUAUUUUAAAUUUAUCAUAACUAAAUUGACGGAGAUUGUUAGAAUUAGGUUAAAUAAAGCGUUCAUAGAAA